AUUAAUAUUGUCUCUACCCUAAUUAAUACAAAUAACAUGGAAUAUGAAAUAGACAUAAAAGAAAUGACCUAUAAUUAUGAUUGGUCAUCGACAUCUCUCGGUCCUAUGGACACUUGGGAACCUUUGCUUAAGACUGCUGUGGAUUUCUGCCUAAACUCAAGAUUUCCUUUCGCUAUUUACUGUGCAAUGGUACCAAUCGUAAGAGAGAACCAUCCAUCUGGAAAAGCCGAUGGCGAAUAUCGUGUCGGCACAUUUAACCCAAUUUAUCGAAAAAACUAUACCGAAGAAAGUUAUUUUAGCUAUUCAAUUAGCGCAAUUUAUAAAGAGGAUGGUUCAUUUUUGGCGAUAUUGAAUCUGUCAGCAGAUACAACACGCAAGGUCUUAGCCAAUCGAAGACUAAAGUGUCUUAAUGAUUUAGAAAUCGUAUUAGGGGUUAAUGUUGAAUCUUUAGAGAAUGGCAGCCAUAUUAUAGUGAAUACAUUACACGAAAACAAUAAAAACAUUCCUUUUACACUAAUUUAUUUUAUCGAUGGCAAUGAAUCAGACACCAGUUUUGAACCGCGUAUUGCUUAUCUAGCUGCAACAACUUUUGAUAGCGAUUCCAAAGUGAAUGAUAAAAAGUCAAAACGAUGCAUACCCGAUAAUUUAUUAGAAACACCAGAAUUUAUUGACCUGAUUAAAAAUGUUGAUGAAAAUUACGAUAAACAUAUAUAA